CCGGCCUUUCGGGGUCAGGAUUUGACGACAACAUUAUAACGACGUAUUCAAUGAAGACCUCCCUGCACGGGAUGGGGGAAACAACAUUAUUUAAUUCAAAGAAGGAUCUGCUCGGCAUACCAAACUGCAGCGACCGCAAAAACUAGGAUUUGGGUUUAACUUAAAUAUGACAGACAACGCGUAACUGCACGGUAAAUGAUCACUGCACCAUUGUCCACUUUCAUGCACAGGAUAGUGCCUAAAGGGAGAUGAAAAUACUCGGCUGUGGACGGAGAAUACAUAACAGCUAUAAACACCGAACAGUCCAACCCGAAAUAAAGGACGGGACAGUGUCGUAAGUGCACUGCCGACGUGCCUUUCUCUUCUGUCUCACAAACGCAGAGAAUUUUCCCUUCCUUUAGGAUAUAAAUCAACGCGGAAACCAAACGAGCCAUUGAAGCAGAGACCGACGAUGUACGAUCACAUCUCUUUUCACUGUAUCACAUUGUCCUAGUGGGCUGCCUCUGAGUAGCGUAUGAAGCUUCUUUUUGCGCUACAAACACAAUUUACCCACGUCCUAGUUUAUAUAUAUUUUUUCUACAGAGAGAGGACUUGAGUUCAUGACAUCUGCAAAGGUCACGGAAAAUAUUCGGAGGCUAUUGCUACAGAUGUUACGGAAAUUACCCCCAAGAUGACAAAAGAACGAGCUGGGCUGCUGGAAUGAUGGAUCGGAUUGGAGCGCCGGGGCUUCUCCUGGUCAUAUGGAUAUUAAUACGGUUCGCUUCGGUCUGUGUCGCGUCAUGCAGUGGGAAGGUUGAGCUUCAUACAGAGAGAAGAGGUGUAAUCUACAGCCCCUCCUGGCCCCUCAACUACCCCCCCGGAAUGAACUGUUCCUGGAACAUAGAGGGGGACAGGGGAGAGGUUAUCACCAUCAGCUUCCCUAACUUUGACCUGGAGGAGUCAGGUCAGUGUCAGGGGGACUGGCUGCUCCUAGGCCCCACCUGGAGAGAGGAGUACCGGGUGUGUGGCUCCCUCCUCCCACCUCCCUUCAUCUCCUCCAGGGGAAGAGUCUGGCUCUACUUCCACUCACAGGCCAACAGCUCAGGACUGGCUCAGGGGUUCAGACUGUCUUAUAUCAGAGGUCCCCUGGGCCAGUCCAGCUGUCAGAGUGAUGAGUUCCUGUGUGGUAACGGUAAAUGUCUUCCCCGGACGUGGCGCUGUAACGGCCUGGAUGAGUGCGGCGACGCUACCGACGAACGGAGCUGUGCCCCCCCUCCGACCCCUCCCCGCACCUCCCUCUGCCCCCCCGGCACCGCCCCCUGUACCCAGGCCCAGUCCACUCGCUGCCUGCCCCCCUCACUGCGCUGCAACGGAGCCCGGGACUGCCCCGACGGCUCGGACGAGGCAGGGUGCCCCGACACGGCCUGCGGGAAACGCCUGGGGAACUUCUACGGAACAUUCGCCUCCCCAGACUUCUUCCGUCCCAACCGAAGCGCUGUGGGGGUGCUGAGGUGCUCCUGGCUACUGGACACUCAGGACCCUAAGCCCAUCGUGUUGCAGCUGGACCUGGGGUUAGGGCCAGGGGACUCCCUCCAUGUCUAUGAUGGGCUGGUCCAGAGAGCAGAGCGCCUCCUGCAGGCCUUGUCGCAUCAUAACAACAGGAGACCAGCCCUGUUAGAAUCCAGUAGAGGACAGAUGAGUCUACAGUACCUGGCCCAACCACUCAGCCCUGGGCAUGGGUUCAACGCUACAUACCAGGUGAAAGGUUACUGUUUCCCUGGGGAACACCCGUGCGGAUUGGACCAGGGCUGUUACUCUGAACGCCAGCGCUGUGACGGGUACUGGCACUGCCCUACGGGGCGCGACGAGGAGGAGUGCCCAGUUUGCCAGGAGGGGGAGUACCCCUGUGAGGGGGGCAGUGGGGCCUGCUACCCUGCCUCUGAAAGAUGUAACAACCAGAAGAAGUGCCCAGACGGUUCUGAUGAGAAGAACUGUUUUGACUGCCAUCCGGGUAACUUCCACUGUGACACCAACCUGUGUAUCUUCGAGACGUGGCACUGUGAUGGCCAGGAGGACUGUCUGGAUGGUAGUGACGAGAGAGACUGUUUGGGAGCUGUGCCCAGGAAGGUGAUCACUGCUGCCCUGAUUGGUUCUCUGGUGUGUGGCCUCCUCCUUGUCAUCGCUCUGGGCUGUGCCUUCAAACUCUACUCCCUCCGGACAAGAGAGUACAGAGCAUUUGAGACCCAGAUGACCCGUCUGGAGGCGGAGUUUGUUCAGAGAGAGGCUCCGCCCUCCUAUGGUCAGCUGAUCGCCCAGGGCCUCAUCCCUCCGGUGGAGGACUUCCCUGUGUACAACCCCACUCAGGCCUCCAUGCUCCAGAACAUCCGUACAGCGAUGCGUAGGCAGAUCAGAAGACACUCCUCCCGCCGGGCCACGUCACACCGCCGCCUGGGGCGCCUUUGGAACCGUCUGUUCCACCGAGGGACCCGUCUCCGCGGCCAGAUCCCACUCCUCACACCCCCCGGGUCUCAGGUGGCUCUGGGCCUGCACUCCUACCACACCUCGGAGGGACCUGGAGCCAGGGCUGGGGAUGGAGGUGGCGGGGCGGGCAUGGUGGGAGGCAUGGCGGGCAUGGGACCAGCAAGGACCCCCUCCCGCUGCUCUGCAGCAGUAGGCUUCGCCCUGCAUGCCCACACCCAGGCCCUGUCACAGUCCCAGUCCUCCCACCCCUCCUUGGAGUCUCCCAACUCCCCACCCUCCCCCUCUGACAGUGAACCAUCCGAGGGGUCUCCUUGUUCCCCAGAGAGCCCGGGUAGCAGGGUUAGGUUGCCCCUCAGCGAGCUCUCCACCCCUGGGCAGCAGAGUGACUCAUUAACGUCUGCCCCCAGCAUACUGAGCCAGCAGUGCCCCCUAGAGGGCAGCACAUGUCAUUACACUCGCCGGGCCUCCAGGAAGCUGGUCUUGGGGCUGGCUGCCAACCUGAGAGGGGUGGCUCUACGACGCUACUCCCCCAUGGGGCUCACCUCCCCCGUUACCCCCCCUGUCCUUCCCCCUCCAGACUCCCUGCCGCCCUGCCACCACCCCCUGACCUCCCCCCAGACGUCAUCCCCCUCGGGGUCUUCAGACGACAGUCAGAGGUUCCAUGCCCUGGAAUUGCCAACCCGGGAGAGGAGGAGGAGGGGUAUAGGGGUGCCUAAUGGACUGAACACCAGCAGCAGUGAGGAAGAGGAGGAGGAGGAGGAGGAGGAGGAGGAUGGAGAUGAGACUCUACUGAUCUGCUAGUAUGAAGGAGCUGCCUUGACCAUGUGGCAAUAGACAGACAGACAGACAGACAGACAGACAGACAGACAGACAGACAGACAGACAGACAGACAGACAGACAGACAGACAGACAGACAGACAGACAGACAGAGAGCUGUAGACUCUGUCUCUCUGGCUGAAACACAGAGAGCUGUAGACUGUCUCUCUGGCUGAAACACAGAGAGCUGCAGGCUCUGUCUCUCUGGCUGAAACACAGAGAGCUGUAGACUCUGUCUCUCUGGCUGAAACACAGAGAGCUGCAGAUUCUGUCUCUCUGGCUGAAACACAGAGAGCUGCAGACUGUCUCUGGCUGAAACACAGAGAGCUGCAGAUUCUGUCUCUCUGGCUGAAACACAGAGAGCUGUAGACUCUGUCUCUGGCUGAAACACAGAGAGCUGCAGACUGUCUCUCUGGCUGAAACACAGAGAGCUGCAGAUUCUGUCUCUCUGGCUGAAACACAGAGAGCUGGAGAAUAACUGAAUAAUGGGACAGUGGAUGAUCUCAGAGCAGCACAAUGAUUUCAGUCCUCCCUCCACCCCCUCUAUCUGCUCAUCUCUCCAUCCCUGCCUUACCAGAGAUCUACAGCUGAGGGCUGUACAUCAGCCUGUCUACUGACUCUGACUCAGUCACUCUGACUCAGUCACACUGACUCAAUCACACAGACUCAAUCACACUAACUCAGUCACACUAACUCAAUCACACUGACUCAAUCACACUGACUCAGUCACACUGACUCAAUCACACUAACUCAGUCACAGAGACUCAAUCACACUGACUCAAUCACACAGACUCAAUCACACUGACUCAGUCACACUGACUCAAUCACACUAACUCAGUCACAGAGACUCAGUCACACUGACUCAAUCACACUAACUCAGUCACAGAGACUCAAUCACACUAACUCAGUCACUCUGACUCAGUCACACUAACUCAGUCACUCUAACUCAGUCACUCUGACUCAUAUCACCAUCGUCUGUUUUUGUAAACGUUGUCAGUGAGGUAAAAAACUAAACAGUGAAUGACAUCACCAGCUGGAUCACUUGAAGUGAUGAACAAGAUGUAACACAAGAAGAAGAUGUUUUGAGGAAGUUGUGAAAUUGAAUGUUAUUAUGAAUGUGAUGUCUGACCGUUAUCAUAGAUGUUUAAGCAGUGGCCUAUCUUGGUACCCUCUCUAGACGAUGGUUGGAUCACAGGCAGUGGAAGGGGUGUCUACUAGGUCACAGUGGCCUAUCUUGGUACCCUCUCUAGACGAUGGUUGGACCACAGGCAGUGGAAGGGGUGUCUACUAGGUCACAGUGGCCGGGUCACAAAUGGUAACCUAUUCCCUAUAUAGUGCACUACUUCUGUCCAGAGCUCUAUGGGGUAGGUUAUAGGGCAUGGUUAGAGAACAGAGCUCUAUGGGGUAGGUUAUAGGGCGUGGUUAGAGAACAGAGCUCUAUGGGGUAGGCUAUAGGGCGUGGUUAGAGAACAGAGCUCUAUGGGGUAGGCUAUAGGGCAUGGUUAGAGAACAGAGCUCUAUGGGGUAGGUUAUAGGGCGUGGUUAGAGAACAGAGCUCUAUGGGGUAGGUUAUAGGGCAUGGUUAGAGAACAGAGCUCUAUGGGGUAGGCUAUAGGGCAUGGUUAGAGAACAGAGCUCUAUGGGGUAGGCUAUAGGGCAUGGUUAGAGAACAUAGCUCUAUGGGGUAGGCUAUAGGGCAUGGUUAGAGAACAGAGCUCUAUAGGGUAGGCUAUAGGGCAUGGUUAGAGAACAGAGCUCUAUGGGGUAGGCUAUAGGGCGUGGUUAGAGAACAGAGCUCUAUGGGGUAGGCUAUAGGGCAUGGUUAGAGAACAGAGCUCUAUGGGGUAGGCUAUAGGGCGUGGUUAGAGAACAGAGCUCUAUAGGGUAGGCUAUAGGGCAUGGUUAGAGAACAGAGAUCUAUGGGGUAGGCUAUAGGGCAUGGUUAGAGAACAGAGCUCUAUGGGGUAGGCUAUAGGGCAUGGUUAGAGAACAGAGCUCUAUGGGGUAGGCUAUAGGGCAUGGUUAGAGAACAGAGAUCUAUGGGGACACAUUCUGAACGGAGCCUCACUAACCUUGGUCUAAGACUUACCCCAUAUGGCUCUGGGCAACAUGAGGGCACUACAUAGACAACACAGGGGCCAUUUGGGACACAUUCUGAACGGAGCCUCACUAACCUUGGUCUAAGACUUACCCCAUAUGGCUCUGGGCAACAUGAGGGCACUACAUAGACAACACAGGGGCCAUUUGGGACACAUUCUGAACGGAGCCUCACUAACCUUGGUCUAAGACUUACCCCAUAUGGCUCUGGGCAACAUGAGGGCACUACAUAGACAACACAGGGGCCAUUUGGGACACAUUCUGAACGGAGCCUCACUAACCUUGGUCUAAGACUUACCCCAUAUGGCUCUGGGCAACAUGAGGGCACUACAUAGACAACACAGGGGCCAUUUGGGACACAUUCUGAACGGAGCCUCACUAACCUUGGUCUAAGACUUACCCCAUAUGGCUCUGGGCAACAUGAGGGCACUACAUAGACAACACAGGGGCCAUUUGGGACACAUUCUGAACGGAGCCUCACUAACCUUGGUCUAAGACUUACCCCAUAUGGCUCUGGGCAACAUGAGGGCACUACAUAGACAACACAGGGGCCAUUUGGGACACAUUCUGAACGGAGCCUCACUAACCUUGGUCUAAGACUUACCCCAUAUGGCUCUGGGCAACAUGAGGGCACUACAUAGACAACACAGGGGCCAUUUGGGACACAUUCUGAACGGAGCCUCACUAACCUUGGUCUAAGACUUACCCCAUAUGGCUCUGGGCAACAUGAGGGCACUACAUAGACAACACAGGGGCCAUUUGGGACACAUUCUGAACGGAGCCUCACUAACCUAGGUCUAAGACUUACCCCAUAUGGCUCUGGGCAACAUGAGGGCACUACAUAGACAACACAGGGGCCAUUUGGGACACAUUCUGAACGGAGCCUCACUAACCUUGGUCUAAGACUUACCCCAUAUGGCUCUGGGCAACAUGAGGGCACUACAUAGACAACACAGGGGCCAUUUGGGACACAUUCUGAACGGAGCCUCACUAACCUUGGUCUAAGACUUACCCCAUAUGGCUCUGGGCAACAUGAGGGCACUACAUAGACAACACAGGGGCCAUUUGGGACACAUUCUGAACGGAGCCUCACUAACCUUGGUCUAAGACUUACCCCAUAUGGCUCUGGGCAACAUGAGGGCACUACAUAGACAACACAGGGGCCAUUUGGGACACAUUCUGAACGGAGCCUCACUAACCUUGGUCUAAGACUUACCCCAUAUGGCUCUGGGCAACAUGAGGGCACUACAUAGACAACACAGGGGCCAUUUGGGACACAUUCUGAACGGAGCCUCACUAACCUUGGUCUAAGACUUACCCCAUAUGGCUCUGGGCAACAUGAGGGCACUACAUAGACAACACAGGGGCCAUUUGGGACACAUUCUGAACGGAGCCUCACUAACCUUGGUCUAAGACUUACCCCAUAUGGCUCUGGGCAACAUGAGGGCACUACAUAGACAACACAGGGGCCAUUUGGGACACAUUCUGAACGGAGCCUCACUAACCUUGGUCUAAGACUUACCCCAUAUGGCUCUGGGCAACAUGAGGGCACUACAUAGACAACACAGGGGCCAUUUGGGACACAUUCUGAACGGAGCCUCACUAACCUUGGUCUAAGACUUACCCCAUAUGGCUCUGGGCAACAUGAGGGCACUACAUAGACAACACAGGGGCCAUUUGGGACACAUUCUGAACGGAGCCUCACUAACCUUGGUCUAAGACUUACCCCAUAUGGCUCUGGGCAACAUGAGGGCACUACAUAGACAACACAGGGGCCAUUUGGGACACAUUCUGAACGGAGCCUCACUAACCUUGGUCUAAGACUUACCCCAUAUGGCUCUGGGCAACAUGAGGGCACUACAUAGACAACACAGGGGCCAUUUGGGACACAUUCUGAACGGAGCCUCACUAACCUUGGUCUAAGACUUACCCCAUAUGGCUCUGGGCAACAUGAGGGCACUACAUAGACAACACAGGGGCCAUUUGGGACACAUUCUGAACGGAGCCUCACUAACCUUGGUCUAAGACUUACCCCAUAUGGCUCUGGGCAACAUGAGGGCACUACAUAGACAACACAGGGGCCAUUUGGGACACAUUCUGAACGGAGCCUCACUAACCUUGGUCUAAGACUUACCCCAUAUGGCUCUGGGCAACAUGAGGGCACUACAUAGACAACACAGGGGCCAUUUGGGACACAUUCUGAACGGAGCCUCACUAACCUUGGUCUAAGACUUACCCCAUAUGGCUCUGGGCAACAUGAGGGCACUACAUAGACAACACAGGGGCCAUUUGGGACACAUUCUGAACGGAGCCUCACUAACCUUGGUCUAAGACUUACCCCAUAUGGCUCUGGGCAACAUGAGGGCACUACAUAGACAACACAGGGGCCAUUUGGGACACAUUCUGAACGGAGCCUCACUAACCUUGGUCUAAGACUUACCCCAUAUGGCUCUGGGCAACAUGAGGGCACUACAUAGACAACACAGGGGCCAUUUGGGACACAUUCUGAACGGAGCCUCACUAACCUUGGUCUAAGACUUACCCCAUAUGGCUCUGGGCAACAUGAGGGCACUACAUAGACAACACAGGGGCCAUUUGGGACACAUUCUGAACGGAGCCUCACUAACCUUGGUCUAAGACUUACCCCAUAUGGCUCUGGGCAACAUGAGGGCACUACAUAGACAACACAGGGGCCAUUUGGGACACAUUCUGAACGGAGCCUCACUAACCUUGGUCUAAGACUUACCCCAUAUGGCUCUGGGCAACAUGAGGGCACUACAUAGACAACACAGGGGCCAUUUGGGACACAUUCUGAACGGAGCCUCACUAACCUUGGUCUAAGACUUACCCCAUAUGGCUCUGGGCAACAUGAGGGCACUACAUAGACAACACAGGGGCCAUUUGGGACACAUUCUGAACGGAGCCUCACUAACCUUGGUCUAAGACUUACCCCAUAUGGCUCUGGGCAACAUGAGGGCACUACAUAGACAACACAGGGGCCAUUUGGGACACAUUCUGAACGGAGCCUCAUUAACCUAGGUCUAAGACUUACCCCAUAUGGCUCUGGGCAACAUGAGGGCACUACAUAGACAACACAGGGGCCAUUUGGGACACAUUCUGAACGGAGCCUCACUAACCUUGGUCUAAGACUUACCCCAUAUGGCUCUGGGCAACAUGAGGGCACUACAUAGACAACACAGGGGCCAUUUGGGACACAUUCUGAACGGAGCCUCACUAACCUUGGUCUAAGACUUACCCCAUAUGGCUCUGGGCAACAUGAGGGCACUACAUAGCCAACACAGGGGCCAUUUGGGACACAUUCCAGGACAACAGUUGGAGAGGCAGAUGGCAGGAAGUCCUCUGGUGUUUAAUUAAGGUCAAGUUGGUUCCGCAGGAAGUCCUCUGGUGUUUAAUUAAGGUCAUGUUGGUUCAGCAGGAAGUCCUCUGGUGUUUAAUUAAGGUCAUGUUGGUUCCGCAGGAAGUCCUCUGGUGUUUAAUUAAGGUCAUGUUGGUUCAGCAGGAAGUCCUCUGGUGUUUAAUAAAGGUCAUGUUGGUUCCGCAGGAA